CUCACUGAACUGCACAGGAAACUAUUGUGGUUUCCAGAGUGAAGGUGAAACUAUUCUGUGACUUUGCUCCAGUCGCCAUUUUAACUGCGCAGCACGAAGACACAAUGUUUUCUCUCGUGUGAUUGGUCACUGGACUGAACACAGAUCCACAUCAGACGUCCUCCAGGAAACAGGAAGGAGAUUUUCAAUCAACUGAGAGCUCACAGACAGACAGACAGUCUGUUUCUCUCUCAGAAUGGCUGAAGUCCAGCAGAUGAGUGAUUGUGUGGAGGAAGACGAGGACAGAGCAGAGUCUCCAGGACCCAGCGGUCUGUCUGUGAAGAGUGACCGGUCUAUGGGACACCCUCCAGGCUUCAGUCAUGAACCUGGAGCCUCAGAGACAAAAGAUCAGAACCAGAGACGGAGAGCAGAGUCUGCAGGACCCAGCGGUCUGUCUGUGAAGAGUGACUGGUCUGUGGGAGAACCUCCAGACUUCAGUCAUGAACCUGGAGCCUCAGAGACAAAAGACAAGUUUGCUGUUUCUAUGGACAAGCACACGCCCUGCUGUCCUCUGUGUCAGGACGUCCUAAAGGAUCCAGUCUCCACCAGCUGUGGUCACCGGUUCUGCAGACGCUGCAUCUCCUCAUACUGGCUCCAGUCUGGUCCACCAGGGGACUUCUGCUGUCCCCAGUGUGGACAAAGACCCAGGACAGGACGUGGACCACAAAGCAUCAGUGUACAGACAGAUGUUGGUCUGCAGGAGGUUCUAGAUGAACAUAAGAUCAGUCUGAGGAGGAGAUUUGAACAUGUGACUGAAGGAACUGAUGCAAGAGGAAGUAGAACCCUCCUGAACAGGAUCUUCACUGAGCUCUACAUCACAGAGGGACAGAGUGAAGAGGUCAAUACUCAACAUGAGGUGAUGCAGCUGGAGACGACCUCCAAGAAGAAGAUGGUCCAGGACACUCCCAUCAAGUGCUGCGACAUCUUUAAAGCCUUACCUGACCAGCAGGGGAGCGUCAAAGUCGUCCUGACCAACGGCGUCGCUGGUGUUGGAAAAACCUUCUCGGUGCAGAAGUUCACUCUGGACUGGGCCCAGGGUUUGGAAAACCAGGAUGUGAAUCUGCUGAUUGUGCUUUCGUUCAGGGAGCUGAACCUGAUCAGAGAUCAGCAGCACAGUCUUCUCACGCUGCUCCAUGUUUUCCAUCCCACAUUAGAGAAGGUCAGAGCAGAGGAGCUCGCUGUCUGUAAACCUUUGUUCAUCUUUGACGGCCUGGAUGAAAGCCAACUCUCACUGGACUUCAGCAGCAGGACUCUGGUUUCUGACGUCACACUCAGGUCAUCAGUCAACGUGCUGCUGACCAACCUCAUCCAGGGAAAUCUGCUUCCUUCGGCUCUCGUCUGGAUAACUUCUCGACCUGCAGCGGCCAAUCAGAUCCCUCCUACGUGUGUUGACAGGGUAACAGAAGUACGAGGCUUCACUGACAACCAGAAGGACGAGUACUUCAGGAAGAGAUCCAGAACUGAAGAUCUGUCCAGCAGAAUCAUCUCACACAUCAAGACGUCCAGGAGCCUCCACAUCAUGUGUCAAAUCCCAGUCUUCUGCUGGAUCAGUGCUACAGUUCUGGAGCACAUGUUGACCACAGAGCAGAGAGGAGAGCUGCCCAAGACCCUGACAGACCUGUACUCACACUUCCUGCUGGUUCAGACAAAGAGGAAGAAGAACAAGUACGAUAAAGGACGUGAGACGAGUCCACAGGAGCUGAUGGAGGCCGACAGGGACGUUCUUCUGAAGCUGGGGAGGCUGGCCUUUGAACAUCUGCAGAAAGGAGACAUCAUGUUCUACCAAGAAGACCUGGAGCGGUGUGGUCUAAGUGUGACAGAGGCCUCGGUGUACUCGGGAGUUUGUACAGAGAUCUUCAGAAGAGAGAGCGUGAUCUUUCAGAAAACAGUCUACUGCUUUGUUCAUCUGAGCGUUCAGGAGUUUCUGGCUGCAGUCUACAUGUUCCACUGUUUCACCAACAGGAAGACAGAGGUACUGCAGGACUUCUUCAGACAAGAAGAUGACGAUGAUGAUGAAGAUGCUGGUGGUGAUAGUGAUGAUGGUGGUUACACUUCUCUGGAUGUGUUCCUGAACGCAGCCAUGAAGAAAUCACUUCAAAGUGAAAAUGGUCACCUGGACCUGUUUGUUCGCUUCCUUCAUGGACUCUGUCUGGAGUCCAACCUGAGACUCUUAGGAGGUCUGCUGGGUCAGACUAAGAACAGUCCAGAAAUCAUCCAGAGUGUCAUCGAGAACCUGAAGGAGAUGUACACAAACAACAUCUCACCUGACAGAAGCAUCAACAUCUUCCACUGUCUGAUAGAGAUGAACGACCAAUCAGUGCAUCAGGAGAUCCAAGAGUUCAUGAAGUCAAAGGACAGAGAACAGAGACUCUCUGAGAUCCACUGCUCAGCUCUGGCUUACAUGCUGCAGAUGUCUGAGGAGGUUCUGGAUGAGUUGGACCUGGACAAGUACUACACAACAGAUGAGGGAAAACACAGACUGAUUCCAGCUGUGAGGAACUGCAGGAAGGCUGUGUUAAGACGCUGCAGUUUGUCAGAGAUCAGCUGUCCUUUUCUGGUCUCAGUUCUGAAGUCCAACUCCUCCCACCUGAGAGACCUGGACCUGAGUGAGAACUAUGGUCUGCGUGAUUCAGGAGUGAAGCUGCUGUGUUCUGGACUGGAGAGUCUACAUUGUAGAGUGAAGACUCUGGGGUUGAGUCGCUGCAGAUUGUCAGAGAUCAGCUGUUCUUCUCUGGUCUCAGUUCUGAAGUCCAACUCCUCCCACCUGAGAGACCUGGACCUGAGCUGGAACAAUCUGCAGGAUUCAGGAGUGAAGCUGCUGUGUUCUGGACUGGAGAGUCCACAUUGUAGACUGGAGACUCUGAAGUUGAGGGGCUGCAGUUUGUCGGAAAUCAGCUGUUCUUCUCUGGUCUCAGUCCUGAAGUCCAACUCCUCCCACCUGAGAGACCUGGACCUGAGUGAGAACGGUCUGCAGGAUUCAGGAGUGAAGCCUCUGUGUGAUCUUGUGCAGAGUCCAGACUACAGACUGGAGACUCUGAGGUGGAAGAAGGAGUGACGAUGAUGAUGAUGAUGAUCUUCAUCCUAAAUCCUGCUCUGUGACGCAGCUUCAGCAGAUCUGGAACAAACAUCAUCUGAAGGACAAAGGUUUUUCUGUGACGUCACCUUUAACGUGGUCAGCUCGGUCCUGUCGUCCUGAACCUGUGACAUUGUUGAGGAAUUUUGGAUUAUUUGAAGAAUGCUGGAUUAUUAGUUAAGGAAUGCUGGAUUAAUCAGAGAUUUUCACCCAUGUCUGGGGUGCCAUAAUUAUUUAUUAUGGAUUAUUUAUUUUUUAUAAUGUGGUUCAUUUAUCUAUUUACUUUCCUUCUGUCUUUGUUAUAAAGUUUGUAUUCUGUCCAUAAUGUUGUGUGUGUGUGUAACUGUCAUAUGAUGCUGUUCCACGUGGAGUUGAAACGUCACAUGUUCACAUGUUCAUGUGUUCACAUAUUGUUUUGAAUAUAAGAAAUCUGAAAUUUAAAUAAAAAAAUAAUAAAAGAAAUUCAAAAACAUUAUUUUUGCAACCAGCGGAGUCGCCCCCUGCUGGCUAAGUACUACUUCCGUAUUACUCCCUCCUCAACCAAAAGACUUCAUCUAUUCUCCAAGUAGGUCUAGCUGCAGACCAGGGCCGGCCCGAACCUUUAGGGGGCCCUAAGCAGAAUUUGAUUUGGGCCCCUCCUCCAACUAUGCAGCAUCACCUGUGCUUGACAAUUAUUGACAUGUGUGAUGCCCUUUCAUGGCACACAUGUUCAAUUUGGGUGUGACACCUUUAGGCUACCAUAGCUAGUUACUGUGAGUGCUGAAGCAGCAGUGCAGCGGACUGGACAAGCAGUGAAAAGUCAUAACUUCGUUCCCACAGAGUUUAGGACAUAUAUGCCAGUAAGUACAAGUGUGCAUGUUGUCACAUGUUGUUUUAUGUUAAACAUGUUAAGGAAAACGAUCAUUUGUUUAGCUUAAUUUUACCGUGAUCGCAAUGCUAAUUUCGUUAGCCCGUCAAUGGCGUUUUCCAUUAUGUGUUAGCAUCAAGCUAACAGAGUUAUCGCAAAUAGUUUUUCAUAUGCCUAUAGCAGCUUUGUUAGCUAUAUUUGACAAGGUUUAGACUUUAUGUCAUACUGUAAAUGUUGUAGAUGCUUUUUUAUCUCACUAUUUGUGAAUGUGAUUUUCUAUAUAUAGUUUUUACAGUACCUUCUUUUGGGAUGCAGUAAAUUUGGAGAACUGUUUAUCUACCUGCCAAACUAAAGACCAACGUUAAGGGAGGGCAGAAUAACACAUCACACUAUAAUGUUACAUUGGCCAUUUCUCAAUAUCCAUACUUGUGCGUACUUGUGCGUACUUGCGUACUCCCGUACUCAGCCUCAGUCCAAGUGCUCAGUCCAAGUGCUGUUCCAAUUCUCAAGUAAGCGAAUAGCAAGGACGUUCUCAAACCCGGAAGUGUUCUCGCUCCACCCAUUUUUACCAAGUAUGCUGUCAUUAGAUGCUCGGUGUGAUCCUUAGAUUUGUUGUUGACUUGUUAUUUUGUUUUUAAUGGAAACGUUUUGAC